UAUACGAACCUUCUAAUAUAACUUUAACUUGAAGAAUUUGAGUCAUUCUCUAGGUUGCAUAAAAUAUAAACGCCACGGUGAUCCAACCGAAUACCAAAUAGUCUCAUAAAUCCCACGUUCCAAAUUCCGUAACCUAACACAAAAAUUACUCAAGACUUGACUCGAGCCUUCUUUAAAGAAUGAAGCCGUUGUGUGAUUAAUUCCCGGUCGGAAUAACUAGGGUUUGUUGUAACGCGAAUAAUUACUAUAUUCCCAGUUCAUCCUAAGAAUGGCUGUGUUAAAUCAGUUAGAGAUUCCUAAUCAUCCAACCAAAACUAAUGAGGCCAUACUACAGGGAUCUGGUUUGCCAAGCGCAACAGAGUUCGGUGCAUGGACUGCUCUUAUAGCAAAGACUGAAAAGACAUCACCUGUUGACUUGGAGAAGAUCUGCCUAGUAUACGACACUUUCUUGUCUCAUUACCCUUUGUGCUAUGGUUAUUGGAAAAAGUAUGCUAAUCACAUGGCAAACCUGUGCACCAUUAACAGGGUUGUUGAAGUUUAUGAACGAGCAUUAGAAUUUGCGACCUACUCUGUUCAUUUAUGGGUCGACUAUUGUACCUUCGGCAUGUUGUUAUUUGAAGAUCCAAAUGAUGUUCGAAGAUUAUUUGAAAGAGGAAUGUCAUUUGUUCGCAAAGACUAUUUGUGCCAUCUCUUGUGGGAUAAAUACAUUGAAUUCGAGUAUUCACAGAAGCAGUGGAAUUCCCUAGCUCAUAUCUUUAUCCUAUCUCUGAAAAUCCCAACCAAAAAGCUGAAUAGCUACUACGACAGUUUUAAAAAGUUCUCCACCAUUUGGAAAGAAGAAAUAGUAUCACAAGGUAGUGCUGUCACAGACAUACAACCAGGAUCUGAUUUUGAGAUCACUGAUGUAGCAGCUUAUGAGGACGAAGAUAUCCUUGGUGUGAUUAAAGACCUUCUAGAUCCUGCACUUGGCAUGCGUAGGCUUAAUGCUUUGGAGAAGUAUUUGUCAGUUGGAGAACAGUUCUAUCACAAUGCUAGUCAGAUAGAUGCAGAUAUCCGAUGCUUUGAGGGUUGUGUCAAGAGGCCUUAUUUCCAUGUGAAACCGCUUGACCUUAGUCAGCUAGAAAACUGGCAUUACUAUCUAGACUUUGUUGAGAUGCAAGGGGAUUUUGACUGGACUGUAAAACUUUAUGAGAAAUGCUUAAUUCCAUGUGCUAAUUAUCCGGAAUUUUGGAUACGCUAUGUGGAGCUCAUGGAAAGUAACGGAGGAAGAGAAAUAGCAAAAUUUGCUCUUGAUCGGGCAACAAAUAUUUUUGUGAAGGGUGUACCAGCUAUCCAUUUAUUUUCUGCAAACUUCAGGGAGAAAAUAGGAGAUGUUUCAGGUGCCCAUUCUUCCAUCCAUAGUUGCAGUGCGGAGUCGGAUUCUGACUUUAUUGAAAGAGUUAAAAGAGAAGCUAACAUGGAAAAACGUCUGGGAAAUAAUGAAGCAGCAUAUAUUAUAUAUGAGAAAGCCCUAGAAAUUGCAAAAGAAAAGCAAAUGGCACAUGUCCUUCCCACUCUUUAUGUUCACUUUAGUCGAUUCAAAUACAUGGUCAACGGUUGUAUAGAUACCGCUAGAGGUGUCCUCCUCCAGGGUUUUCAUCAUUUGCCUCAUUGCAAAUUACUUCUAGAGGGACUGUUGAACUUUGAGAUGAUGCACAGAGGGCCAUGGAAUGUAAAAUUGGUUGACUCUAUUGUUGAGCAUUCAGUAUUUCCUGGGCCUAAUUCAUCUAAAGUUCUGAGCCCUGAAGAUCGUCAAGAUAUUUCAAGCUUAUAUUUACAGUUUGUGGACCAAUGUGGGACAAUUGAUGAUAUUAGGAAGGCACGGGAACGGCAUAGGAAGUUAUUUCCACAUAUUAUGAGCCGUACAUAUUGUAUCACAGAGGGUCAGGAUAUGAUCAUUAGUUUGCCUUCUAAUGCUCCUGAAGAUAAAGUUUCCGGUAUAUCAACAGAGUGUUUGACGCUUGACCACAAACGAGCAUCUCCAAAAGGACCUGACAUCCCUAAUGGAACCCCGUCAGAAGGUAUUGAUGAUACAAAGAAGACUCCGCAACCACAGGUAUCGCCCAAAGUUGUAGAACAGUCUGAACAAAGUGUAAUGGAGCAGAAUUCAGGGGAUAAUGAUUUAGUAAAUGAUGUCAGUAAACAGUGCGAAACUUUGAAAUCCCCGCAACAUCCUUUGGAAGGUGAACAUGAAGAAGAGCAGGAAAAUAUGGAUAUUGAGCCAAAGGAUGCUUCUAAACCACCUGAACUGAAAAAUGUUUCAAUAAAUCCUCGGGAUGUAGAAAGCCGACAUUUGACCCCCACUGUUUCUCAUGAUAGUGAUGAUCCUAAACCAGACCCUACAUCACAUGCAAGUGAACCAGAGAAUGAUGCUUACGCAUGCACGAACUCUGAUCACUCGUCCCAAGUUCAUGUUCAAGCAGAUUCUGACCCUUCACGUUUGUCAGCUAAUCCAAGUUUUCAACAAACUCAAUCUCAGAAUCAGCCACCGGGGUCGAGAAAUAUUUUAUCUGAUUCAUCCGCUGCUAAUGAUGGAAAUCGAUCUCAGAUUAACUUUAAUUGGCAAACUCCUGGAGAUGCUAGAAGUAGCUUGCAAGGUUAUCCUCAAAACCAGUCAUCCGUCGCACAAUCAGGAAUUUUUAUGCAUCAAGUUUAUCCUCCGUUCGGUCAAUACCAACAAAUGCAGCCAGUAUCAAAUGUGCAGCAACAGAGUUACGCGUUUGUACAACCUCCUCCAGCUCAAGCAGGAUCCCAACCCGUUUCUUUCUCUCAUGCGCAAGUUCAUUCAUAUCCACCUCAAAGUGGGCAAAUGCAGACUAGUCAGGCAUACAUAAAUCAGCUGUGGCAUUACUAUUAUCAGCAGCAACAACAUCAACAGCUACCACCGGUACAACAACUGCAGCAGCAACAACUUGUAUUACAGCAGCAACAGCAGCAGAUACUUGUACCGCAGCAACAGCAGCAGAUUCUAAUACCACAGCAAAUGCAGCAGACUCUAAUACCACAGCAACAGCAGCUCCAGUUGCAAUUGCAACCUCAGCAAUUUCCACUACAGACACAUUCAUGGAGCCAAAUCAGUUACCACCAGCAGUUAUGAUGUGAAUAUCGAGUUGAAGUCAUGUUGCUCACUGUGUAGAGCCAAGGAACUGCUCAACCUAAUAGCCAGUCAUCUGGACCUACCAGUCCUUUGGGUACCCAAUCACAUCCUCCCAGCGUUUAAAGAAGCUCAGGAUGUUUUUCAGUAGCUUCGCUGCAUAUGAACCUAACUGGCAGUUCUCCCCUCGGAUUUGUCCGGGUAAAGUUUUUGUAAAUAUAACAGGUGUUUGUAUUUUAGAUUUGUUUGUCAGGCUCAUAACCAGAAGUAGCUAUACACUUAAAUAACUAAUGUUUCCAGUUUAUAGUGUCUGUAAGUUGUAAAGUACCCCAUGUGCUUAAGAUUACUAAUCAAAUCUUUUGAAUUUUCUCUGGCA